UAAAUUUCACGGUCGUACAGUACUCCGUCGUAAUACCGUAAUACUGGUUAAAGCAUUUCCAGGCUACUCUACCUAAAUGCAUUCGAAAUUGGGGAGGGAAAUCCAAAACCUGAAGAAACUUUUGGGAAAUUUCCAAUUCUGCAUCUUUCUUCUCAUCAGUCUUCACGAAGGCAGAAACAGUAAUUCAAUUCGAAAAGAAAAAGAAAAACCCUAAUAUUCAGACAUCCAGAGAUGGAUGUAAGUGAGAUUGAAAAUGUGGAACUCGGGGAGAGUCAUGAUGGUUUAAAUGAGAAAAGUGAUAAAGGUGGAAAGGAGAUCAUUGAGGUUGUGGAUGAUGAUGUUACUAUAGAUGAAGAAGGUGAGGUAGCAAUGCCCAAAAUGGGGAUGGAAUUCGAUACAGUAGAAGAAAUUUAUGAAUGUUAUCGACGUUAUGCUAAACGGAUGGGAUUUCCAUGUAAAAAACGAUCAUCAAAGAAGGAUAACGGACAAUUAAGACAUGUAACUUUUACUUGUAUUCGAGAAGGUAAGAAUAAAAGAGUUACAGAUGCUUCAGUGGUUCUCAAUCCGCCAAUCAAAACUGGGUGCAAGGCUAAACUGACAGCGCGAUUGGAACCUGAUGAUAAAUGGCGGAUUAGUGUGCUUGUUCUUGAGCAUAACCAUCAGAAUAUCCCCAUUGAAGCUCGUUAUUGGAGAUACAACAAAGUAAUUAGCAACCCUGUGAAAAGGAAACAUUUAUUGAAUGACAAAGAAGGAACAAGAAUGCACGAGCUCUACCAUACCGUAGCAGUGGAGAACAUUCCUGAAAUUGUUGCUGUGCAAAGCCCCCAGGGAACGUUCAGUCUGAAUCGUUGUGAUAUUGGAGAGACACAGUUUUAUAAGUUCGAUAAUGACAAAUCUCAUGAGAAGUUCCAUCCUGGUCAGGUAUGGGCAAGUUAUUGCAAAUUAGAUGACAUGCCAAAGUAUUAUGUUGAGAUAAGCAGAGUUGAAGUGUUCCCAGAUUUUAAACUGUACGCAAAAUGGCUUGAACCAUCUGCUCCACCAAGGGAAGUGAUCAAGUGGCUCGAUGAGAAAAUGCCCGUGUGCUGCGGAACGUUUAAAGCUGGUAAAGAAGAGGUGUUUAGCGAUACUGCUUAUAUCUCACAUUUGGCAACAGGAGUAUCAGUCAAUAAACAAAGCUUGUAUGAAAUCUAUCCAAAGAAAGGAGAGGUAUGGGCGAUGUACAGGAAUUUCAACUCUGACUGGACGUGUAAUGACCUCAAGAAUUGUGAAUGUGAUGUAGUUGAGGUCCUAGAGGUGUAUGAUGUUCGUUGGCUUAUAGUAUUGGUUUUAGUUCAAGUUGCUGGCUUUAAGACUGUUUUCAAGGCUAAAAGAGAAGCAGCGUAUGAUUAUAUUAUGGGUAUACCAUGGAUUGAAUUGUUUAGAUUCUCUCAUCAAAUUCCUGUCUUCCGAUUUACAGAAGUGAGAUACGGGAGCUUGCGAGGUUGUUUGGAGCUUGAUCCCAAAUCAAUGCCCACUUGUUUAUUCCCUCUGAAGUGAAAGUUCACAGGUGCUGUAGGACCUGUUCUGUCCAACACAGAAUCUUUUCAAAGAAUGCACACCCUUUUGUGCAGUACUCUUUUUGGUUUUCAGACUGAUAUGUGUAUCUUGAACCGAACUAUAUAUCUCUAUUAAUACGCAUUGGCCGAGAUUUUUGUUGCUCAAGUUAUUUGUAACUAAGAGUAGCAGGUAUCUGGUUAGAAGAUACUCUUACUUUUUUUUUCCCUGAAGAGCUUCUUAGAGCUGUAUUCUAACAUUUCAGGUUCCAAUUGUCUUCUGAAGUUAUGCUGUCAUGCUUAUCAAAUUGUGGCAGUAAUAUUAAAUUACUUAGUUUUGUAUGUAACCUCACUUUUUCGGUUAUACUUGUGAAAGACAAUUGUAUAGACAGAGUAAUUUGAUAUGGUUUCCACUAAGUUUUUACUCACUGUAAACUUAGCUGUAAAAUCUGCAGGUGAACGCAUAAUUAAAAAAGAAAAAUUUGUCAGAAGUUGUUAUGGAGAUGGAUUUGUUUGGGUAAGAAACGUUUUAAGGUAAAAUCUUCUGUGAGUUUCGGGUAAGUAAUAAUCUGUCUUCGUAGUAUAUAAAAUAGAACCAUUGCCAUAUUGAUCUUCAACAAUAGUGCA